AUGAAACGCGUUGCGUAUCUUCAAAAAAGAUUGAACACUUUUGCCAUUCAGGUAGAAAAAUUGGAACAAUACUUGGAAAGCCUAAAUUUUGAUCCCAUAAAUGCUAAAUUGCGUCUGGACAGUUUGUCAACAUUUUAUGAGAAUUGUUUGAAGUACAAGGAAGAGUUGACUUCACUUCAACCUGAUGAUCCUCAGGUGGAGGCUUUUGUAGAUAUUGAGGCUCGACAUUUCGAGGUGGCUACGGCAGUCACAAAGUUGCAACGAGUCGAGCCACUUCUAAGUUCCACGCUCAAUCCCAGCAAUAUUACGAUUACCGAAAGGCAAGACCUACCAAAACUCCCUAAAAUUCGGAUCCCCGUUUUCGAUGGUAAGCGGGAAAAUUGGGCUACAUAUAAGAACAAAUUCAUUGCUCUUAUCCAUUCUCGAACGGACAUCAGUGACGCAGUGAAGUGCAGUCAACUUUUCGACUCCCUCACGGGCCAAGCUCUGGCCAAAGUCGACCAAUUUGAUCCUAGUGACAAGGAUUAUCCAAAGGCUUGGAAAACUCUUCUGGAUUUCUAUGACCACAAACGCAUCGUGGCCGUAGAACAUCUGAAUGCCAUUCUCGAUCUUCCUCAGUUCACAAAGGCGUCCGCUGACGACUUAUCGACACUUCUGGACAAAACUCGCCAACAUCUUCAUAUUCUGGAGGGUCUUGGCGCUCGAUCGGGUGACGAUUUCGUUGUUCGUAUCGUCGAGCGCUGUCUUCCUCCAGCAGUCAGAAGAAAAUGGCAGGACAAACUUGGGAUGGAUGAGCUCCCAAAGUUAGACGAUCUUCUCGAGUUCAUCCAAAACACUAUUUUCAAACAGCAAGCUGGGGAUUGUGUGUCCCUACCUAUUCGCACUCACAAUCUGAAAAAGAGAACAGGAGAGAAUCUUUCUCAGUCUUCUAGCAAAUUUGCUACGACUACUUCCCACACUUUCGUCACUUCGUCCAAAGAUGACUCUUCUGCCUCUCAGCUCACCUCUUUGGUCUGUCCGAGCUGCAAGGAGGCUCAUCACCUUUACAAAUGUCCAACAUUCAACGGACUUAGGGUUCAAGAUCGUUGGAAUCUUGUGAGGAAGGUGAAGGCCUGUCAUAAUUGUCUUUGGGUUCACCAAUUUCCUUGCAAGAGCGACAAGCGUUCCAAAAAAUGCAGUCGCAAUCAUCACACACUGUUGCACAAUGAGAAGGGCUCGCAACAGUCCAAACCCAAGGAUGCCGCAACUCCCACUUCAGGCAGCAGUCAACAAUGA